AUGCAAGAUGCCUUAAAGUUCAAAGUGCGAGUUGCAAAGAAAAGGUGGGGGGCCAAGUUCGGUUUUGGAUGUCUCCAGGUGUUUCUGAAGAAGAAGUUUGGGACUCUUUUGCGUGCUUGGCGCACCAUUGAUGCCGAUGACAGCAUGUACAUGCAGAAGAACGAGCUUUUUCGAGCAGUGAAAGACCUUUGCUGGCAAGGCGACGCUCGUUUGUUGUGGAAAGGUCUGGACAAGGACGGCAGCGGCGUGACAUCGUUGCAAGAGUUGGACCUGAAGAGUGCGGAGCAGCAGCUUGGUGCGAAGUUGGCGAAGUUCAAGCAGCAGGUCAUCGAGAAGUUCGGCGACGCACAGAGCUUCUUCCGGGCCAUCGACGUGCACCGCAUCAACAAGGUCCGCGUCGACGACUUCCUCGAGCGAUGUCAGCGCUUAGGCUUCACUCGUGUGGACAAACGCUUGUUCCAUGGCCUUGACUGGGAGGGAAGGAAGUUCCUCAUGGCCAAGGACCGCGCUUUCUCGGCAAUGAGGAACUCACUCGGGCAAGUCAUCAUUGAAGGUUUGACGGUGGGUUGGGAGGAGUUCGAGGCCUCGGCGAAGCGCCUGUCCUUCACCGGCGAUGUGCCCGGCGCCUGGCGCUUCUUCGACCAGGUCUGGGCAGACGAGGAGUUCGGCGGGGUGCGGGCUGCCUUCAGCGUUUUGGACGAGGACCGCAGCGGAGAUUUCAACCAGCGAGAGUUCAUCAAGAUGCUGCGUUUCUAUGGCUUUCAAGGCGAUUGCCGUGCGCUCUUCUUGACCUUGGACUGCGAAGGCCAAGGCGCCGUGGCGCUCAACGACGUGGCCUUCUUGGACUUUUGGGAGUCGGAGGUCCACAUCGAGGAGCACCGAGCAUCGCAGAGACUGUGA